AUGACGGCAACUAAGAAGGCCAGAGAGUCAUCUGCUCGAGUGAAAGGUUUUUGGGAAAUGCGAACUGCUGAUCCUAAGGUUGACAAAUAUAAUCAUGUAAAGGAUGUAUGUGUGUCUGAUCUGCUCAAGACAAACUAUCAAGCCCUUUUUGCUGUUGAAACCAUCCAGAGCUUAUCUGCUGUUGCACCAUCUUCUGCUCAGCUUAGUGAGUUGGAUAAGAAGAAUACUGAUCUAACUAGCAAGCUCUCAACCGAGCAAAUCCGUUAUGAAAAUAGGAUGUUUGAAUUGAGGGAGAAUACAUAUGAGUCAAAAGAGGCCUACUUUCGUCUUAAGCGCAAGAAUAUUGAUAUCUCCCACUGUUAUAACAAGUUUCUAGCCAAGUUUGCCUACCAUGAGGCUGCUAAGCGUUCCAAGUUUGAGGUUGCCGUCGCUGCAUACAAGCUGAGUGAGCAUGUCAAUGUUGUGGAUGUGAAUGGAACUGAAGAACAGGCAACUGACGAGACUGUAGCCGAAGAGAAAGGUGCCGAGGAGGGUGUGGCUGAUGAGAUAGUGGCAGACGUCGUGGAGCAGGCAACUGGAGUUGUUGAAGCCAUAGCUGAUCAGAUGGAUGCCGAAGAGAAGUGGGCAUGGCUUCAUCGUAUAUCAGGGAUUAAGCCGGUAGAAGGAAGCUUCACGGGUAAUAUCUUUGGAGGUGGCAGACAUUCUAUUGUCUUAAAAUCUUAUUCUUUCCGUGAUGUCAAGUGUAUAGCUUCCUAUGCCCUUAGACUGGCUGAUCACGUCGAGGUUAAGCUUCAUUUGUUCAGAUUUUUGUUCAAUACUGUCCACCUCAAUGCUUAUAUAAGGGACAAUGAUGUGCCAAUGAAUGAUUGCGUCAGUUCCAUAGGUUAA